AUACGAGCACAGCUAUCGGUUAAUGUUUGGAGGCGAGAGCAAGAGGAAAUGGGACCACCAUACUUGGGACUUGCUGUUGAACGACUGCGUGCAAUUCGAGCUCUUACCGCAAAUGCGGUACCAGUUGUUGCCUAGCAUUUCGCUUAUUCUUUGUCCAAAAGAGCUAGGAAAAGUCACACGAUAA